UCUGCACCUUCACAUCAGAAUGACCUGUGUGCGUCUGCUGAUAGUUGCCUGUGUUCCGAACUCAGCCAGAGAAACCAUGAAUUAGCUGACACAGACUUGGCAUCCUAACCAACUACAGCGUACAUGGGUUUCACGUUCGGCCGGGUUAUGUAUGGAGAUCACUGUAGCACAGCGAGCUGGGAGGUUGGACUGAGUUACUAUGAAGUAAAGAUGAGCAAGAGAAGGAUCAUGGUCAGCCUCGUUUUGCUUAUUUUAACGUAACCAAGCUAGACCCUGAGAAGCUAUGGCCACGACAUAUCAUCAGCUGGAAGGCGGUGUACAACAACACAUACAGGUCCAUGACCAACUCGAACUUCCAUAUAGCCUCUUCCUCAAACGUCCUCAGUCACUAAAACUUGCAUACCAUCUCAAUUGACCUGCCCAUCAUGUCUCAGCCCAUUCGACGACUCCGCAUCGCCGUCUCAGGCCUUGGCCGCAUGGGCGCCCGACAUGCAACCCACUUCCUGCACCGGACGCCCAAGGCCGAGCUCGUAGCAGCAUUUACACCAGAUGCAAAGGAGCUUGCGUGGGCGAAGGAGCAUCUCGAGCCAUGGGGCGUCAAAAUCUAUGCCGAUUUCGACGAGAUGCUGAAGCAUGAGGGGCUUGAGGCUGUCUGUGUUGCGACUGUUACGACGGUGCAUGCAGAGCAGAGUAUCAAGGCGAUUGAGGCGGGGAAACAUGUGCUGUGCGAGAAGCCGCUGAGCACCAAGUUGGAUGUUUGCCAGCAAGUCCUUGCCGCUGCAGCUCGUAACCCCCAUAUCAAAGUCAUGUGCGGUUUCUCACGCCGCUUCGACACGUCGUACGUCAACGCCUACGCCCUCACAGCCAACGGCUCCAUCGGACGGCCGACGAUCGUCCGAUCCCAAACCUGUGACCGCUACGACCCCAGCGGCUUCUUCGUCGCCUACGCAGAGUUCUCAGGCGGCAUCUUCGUCGACUGCAACAUCCACGACAUCGACCUAGCGCUGUGGUUCUUCUCCGCCGACACCAAGGGCAAGGUGCUGCCGCGCGUGAAAUCCGUCGUCGCAUUCGGCGUCAGGGCGCUCGAGCCUGAGCUGGCGAAACAUGGCGACGUGGACAACGGCGUCGGCGUGGCGGAAUUCUACGACGGCCAGAUCGCCUACUUUUACAGCUCGCGCAUGAACCCGCCGGGCCAGCAUGACAGCACCGAGAUCAUCGGCACAAAGGGCAAGUUGUCCGUCAACGCGAAUCCGACGACUAGCUUCCUGGAGUCGCACUUGUCCACGGGCAUUCAUAGGGAUAUCCCGCAGACGUACUACGAUCGCUUUGAGCAUGCGUUUGUCGAGGAGGCGAGGCAGUUUACUGAUGCUGUGCUGGAGAAUAAGGAGGUGCCUGUGGAUCUCACGAGUAGUAUGGAGGCGGUGCGUAUUGGCGUCGCGCUGCAGGACAGCCUGCGCUCGGGCAAGAAGAUCUGGUUCGAUAGGGAGGGAAAGCGGGUGGAUGAGGAUGGGCUGGCGAAGGCGAUGCUGUAAAUUGGAAGUGUGAACAUUUCUCACGAUACGAGAGAUUAUAAAAGCUCGGCGGUGAUGGAAAAAGUAGUAUUUGAAAGGUAACAUGAACGAUUGGCAUGGGCAAUAUUUUAUUUGGUUUUCUAAUCAGAGAGAAUUCAAGUAUGUAAAUUCCAACUCGGCCGACUGAUCAAUUUGUCCUGCACUAUAUCCCAAGGAGAGCACAUCAUAUCCCGCCCAAACCCAAAGCUCCAAGACUAAUCGACUCCAUAUUGUCGACUAGCCGCCCUUCUCCUAGUUCCUACUCUCCAUCCUUCUCCCGUUCUGCCUUCGCCUUGCCGUUACCCUCAUCAUCAACCCGAUCCACAACCUCAGAGCCAGGGCUC